GGCGCCGUGGUGCGCAGGCGCAGCCGUCGGUGGGUCGGGGCUCGGUCGCCUGAGAGAUCCUGAGGACCCCCCAGCGUUGCUCCUCCCGGCUCAGGAUGGACAACAAGAAGCGCCUGGCCUACGCCAUCAUCCGGUUCCUCCACGACCAGCUGCGGCACGGGGGACUCUCGUCUGACGCCCAGGAGAGCUUGGAGGUUGCAAUCCAGUGCCUGGAGACCGCUUUUGGGGUGACAGUGGAAGACAGUGACCUUGCACUCCCUCAGACCCUGCCGGAGAUAUUCGAAGCAGCCGCGGCCAGCAAGGAGGUGCCGCAGGACCUGAGGAGCCCCGAGCGGACCCCGCCUUCCGAGGAGGACUCGGCGGAGGCAGAGCGCCUCAAGACUGAAGGGAAUGAGCAGAUGAAAGUGGAGAACUUUGAGGCCGCCGUGCAUCUCUACGGCAGAGCCAUCGAGCUGAACCCGGCUAAUGCCGUCUACUUCUGCAACAGAGCCGCGGCCUACAGCAAGCUGGGGAACUACGCGGGGGCGGUGCAGGACUGCGAGAGGGCCAUCUGCAUAGACCCGGCCUACAGCAAGGCCUACGGCAGGAUGGGCCUGGCGCUGUCCAGUCUGAACAAGCACGCGGAGGCUGUGGCCUACUACAAGAAGGCGUUGGAGCUGGACCCCGACAAUGAGACGUACAAGUCGAAUCUCAAGAUCGCGGAGCUGAAGCUGAGAGAGGCCCCGAGUCCCACGGGAGGCGUCGGCAGCUUCGACAUCGCCGGCCUGCUGAACAACCCGAGCUUCAUGAGCAUGGCAUCAAACCUAAUGAACAAUCCCCAAGUUCAACAGCUCAUGUCCGGGAUGAUUUCAGGCGGCCACAACCCCUUGGGAACGCCAGGCACUAGCCCUUCGCAGAAUGACCUGGCCAGCCUCAUCCAGGCUGGCCAGCAGUUCGCUCAGCAGAUGCAGCAGCAGAACCCAGAGUUGAUAGAGCAGCUCAGGAGUCAGAUCCGAAGUCGGACCCCCAGUGCCAGCAACGACGACCAGCAGGAAUGACCUGCCAUCUGCCCCGACCGUGUCCUCCCAGCCGACCGGAAGCAUUCUCAUGUUUUACCACUUCCUCCUGCUGGGCCGCUCGAGAGAGAAGAAGAAAUCGGAUGUGCAUGUUAAGAUGGAUUUUUUUCCCUGUUUUUCCUUUGCUCCUCCCUUUUGUACUCCCUCACAGCCCCCAGACCCCUCUCGAAACAAGAGCCAGCAAGCCAAACGCAGACCAGCAACCAUCUCCCCUCCACCCCCAGGAAGCCCCAUCACUAAAGUAUUUUCUAGAACUCUGGGGGUGCAUCUCGGGCUGCCCUUGGAGAAGUGGCAGGUUUGAGGUUGAGCUACGUAGCGCAUUCCCGUGGCUGUGGGAGCUCUUUUUAUAGUCCCCCCUCCCCAUCCUUGGGUCUGUCUUCAAGAACUUUCCUGUCCCGUGAGAAGCCACCUUCUAAGUCGACCUCUCUGCUCACCUGGUCACCCUGGCCGCCUGCCUGCCCGCCCAGGAGAGCUCACCGCCAGCCGAGGCGUGGGCGCCAGCGUCCACCUGUGCCCUGUGGGCCGCGUGUCUUUGCAUGAGGAACUCUUUAGCCGCAGACGCCUGAGAGACGACUGCUGUCACCCGCGCCUCAGUGCCCAGGACCAGUGUCUGUGACUUCUCUUCCAGCUGAGCGUGUUGACAGACAUGCGUUCCAUUUCUUCCCGCCCUCCCCAGUCCUCACGGCUGACAGCCAGUGGCGUGAUCAUGGCCUGUUGUCUCGGGCAGAGGUCCACCUUUGUGUGUCCCAUUCUGCUGUCCUGCCCUGGUGUGGCACAGGCCCGGGGUCCUCAUGGGCCUGAACAGCCACCGGAGCCGGGAAGCGUGGCCUUGGCUCCCGAGGGCUGGGGCGGGAGGUGAGCCGUCCCGGCAGCAGUGUUGUCAGCGGGCGCGUCCUGAGCUCCCUGGCAGGCUCGGGCCAUCCGCGAGGUAGACGCAGUGCUGUGUGUCGUAGGUUACCAGUAGGAAGAAGGGCCACCGCCGGCCACGGCAGCCAGACGUGUGCUGACUCCCGUGCUAACUGCGGUGCAGAGCGUGACGUGUGGGAAUAAAUAGACG